AAUUUACUGUAAUUGAGCACGCGAAAUGCAUUCUGGGAUACAACACGUCACACGCGCAUGCGCCUCUUACUCGGCGCGGAGCAUAAAUUCUUGCAAAAUUUCGAGUGUCAGAUCGAUAAGAAGUGCCGUCGGAACUGCUGUUGUUUUGAAUUCAACUUUACGUCUCCGGUCAAGUACACAUUCCCUGUACUUCUCGUGGAAGCUGCGGCUGCAAAAGAUGAUGCAAACCUGCAUGAUGUAGCAUCUGGUGUGCUGAGUAGGUUGCAGAGCCUGUUUAAAGAAGGGAAUGACUCCCUUUUCCUCAUCCGUGAUGUUACAGAUACUGCUGAGGACAUGGAGAAAGAGGGAGAUGCAUCUGAUUCACCCAAACUCAUAAUCCAAGGAGAUCCAUUUGACUCGGCCAAGUCCCAGUGGAUGGUCAUGGUUGAAAGCAGAGUUAUUGGCCAUUCAUCAUCAACAACUGAAGGCUUUCUUUGUGGGGUGGCAUACCUUUUUGCCACCUAUUACAACCUCAAUUUGGAAUAUCCAAGCACGGCUGCAGCAACACUGGAGUUCAUUCAGAGAUGUCUCCUCGGAAUAAGCCCUGAUGGGUCGAAGUGCCAUGCGUCGAAGAGUCACUGCAACGCGAAAGUAGUGUCAUUUGUGCGUCGGUUUGCUGAUUUCCAGUGGCUUUAAUUUCCUGAUUUGUACAUUUUACCCCAUCAUCUAAAAACAUGUGAUUUUAUAUAUCACCCAAUAAUACUAUGUUCGCUUGGUCACCAUCCUCUUGAAUAAUUGGUUGAGCUUUGUCUGACCAAGCAACUACAGAGUUUAUGCCCAAUAUUGCAUAACAUGAGAAACUUGCUGAAAUAGAUUGUCGACAUGCUAGUUAUGAGAGAACAUUCAUUUGAAUAUGCUAUUAAGUUGACAUUGCCCACAACUUUAUUUUAGCCGUUUCUCAAAUCCAGGUCAAGUAAGAGUGGGGGAGGGGUAAAAUUCAUAUAGAAAUUGUAAAUGUAAAGGGGUUUCAUACUUGGAAAAAUAAAGUUAAGAAUAUCUCCUUACAACCGAAUUUGAACCAUACAAAAACAUAGAUAUAUGGCACUACACACUGUUUGUAUGCCUCCGCCCACCAAAGGUGGUGUCGGAGGCAUUAUGUUUUUGUGUUGUCCGUCGGUCCGUCUGUCCCACUUUCGUUCUCGCGAUAACUUAAAAACCGGUCAACAGGUCAACUUCAUACUUUUUGACUUGAGGAUACAUAUCUGGGCGACAAUGAGCUGAUAAGUGUUUGGGUCCAAAGGUCAAAGGUCAUAGAAUUCACUAAAAUACAUAAGAAAUAGACCAUUCUUACAAUAACUCCAAAACCCUUUGAUAGAUCAACUUCAAACUUGUCUCGUGUGUAUAUGUUAAAGUAACAAUGAUCUGUUCAGAUUUUGGGGUCUCAAGGUCAAAAGUCAAGGUCAUUGAAUACAAUAAAGUACAUAUAACAUAUACCGUCCUCGCAAUAACUCCAAACCAUUUGACGAAUCAACUUCAAACUUCGCUCAUUUGUGCAUAUACAAGUGACAAUGAUCUAUUAAGAUUUUGGGUCUGAAAGUCAAAUCUCAAGCUCUCUGGAUUCAAUCAAAUGCAUAUAUUUGCUUUUUUGAGAAACAGUUAUCUGACUAGAUUUUGAAGUCACAAGAUCAAAGGUCUUGAGGGUUUUUUUUUUCUUUAUGGAAAUAAAAACUAGGAAAUAUAUUUAUGGUAUGGCAGUAGCGGAGGCAUCUAUUUCCAACAUUCGUGGUCGAAAAUUCAUCUUUAGUUAGGAUUAACAUUGCUGUAAAUCAAUUUCGAUUUCAACAUUGUGCUACAUUAUAUAUAUAUGUAUAUAUAUAUACUGCGUAGUAAGCGCUUGGUCAUCAAGAUGUUGACAAAUAUUGCAAUAAGCUGUUUACUGAGAACGAUGUAAACUUCUGUAAUGUAUGUGGCUUUAACACAGCCUACCAAGGUGGAGUGAGAUUAUUAUUAUAUUAUUAUUACAUGAAUGACACAGUGAUCUCCAUUAUUGCAUAUCAUGCAUGGCUGACUGUUAGCCAUUUUUGUAAAGAGGACCAAAUUAUAUCAAGAAAUUCAGGAAAUCUUAAGGUGAUGUAGCAAUUUUUUGUUUUCUUAUAGUCAGAAAAGGAUAUUAAAUGUAUCAGAAAUUCCUCAAAUGAAAAAGCAUGUGACAUUUUGAUUACAUUUCAAGAGUUUCUCAAAAUAGCAGAUUUGCAUGAUGUAGUACAGAAAAAUUUGAAAAUUGUAGAUACUUCUCACAGAUUGACAUUUUUCUUCAUUAUGAUUACUGAGGAUUUACUACAUUGUAUUUUGUUGUUCACAGAAUUAUAACAUUUUCAUACUUUCACUUUCGCAGCUGUUCAAGUGUCACAGUACAAACAUUACUUUGGCAAAAUUGGAGGUCAUAUUUGUACAUGUUUGUUCGUCAAAUAUUCAUGUAAAUAUUAAGUAUUUGCAAUGGUAGCAAUACUCUCAUUCGGGUUCUUUCUUGCCAGUUUCAAUAUCAAAUUGAUAGUACUGUUAUAAGAAACUUUAUUUGUGAGGAAUAUUGUAUGCAAUGUAAUAUUAUUGUCACAAUUUAAUGUAUUCAUGGCAGUUAAUGUAUUUGUAUGCUUGUAAUAUAAAUUAUUGGUUCAGUGUGUGUUUAGGACUAUUCAUUAUUUUGAUAUAGGAUUGAAUAAGGUUUUCUGUCUUAAUAAGAUUUUUGGGAAUAUGUAUAUAUAAGAAGUUGACAUACACUUAAUUUUUUAUCAAUUAAUAGUAUACAUGUAAAAUUACUCAUAAGUGAGAAGUUUCACUUAAAAAUUCAGUUUUCUUCUGGUAGAAGCAUUGUCGUCAGGUUACCAUGGAGUAAGCAUUUUGCGUGUUACUACGGAUAUGUGGAUGUAAGAGAUAGAGAGUCUGUGUGUGUGCGUGUGUGUGUGUGUGCGUGUGUAUGUUCAUCCAGUGUUCAUCCAAGGUCAGCUGAGACAAGCCCUCCUAGAAGGAAGUUCACUUUAGUCAGAUUUGUUUUCUUAAAGAAAUUGAAAGUUUGCCAUUAUUUCAGGCAGUAGUUGCAUAAGUGAAAAAUUGCUUUCACUUGUAAUUGAUUCUAAUGGGUUAUGACUGAAUAUUUGAAUGAUUAUGGUACCCUUCAUGUAAAUGGAUUGCUUUAAAACACACCUGUUCAUUAAUGUACUCUCAUUUAAUAUACAGUGGCCUGAAAGUUUGUGUAAGGUUAGCAAUUACAACUACUUUAAUGCAUGCAAGGUGAAUUUUACUUGUUGAAUAGAUUUAUUUACAAAAUGUUUAAGUCAACUGAAUUGCAAACAGCAGAUAAAGUAACACCAACCAAAUUUUAUGGUUGUUCUUACAACCUUUGUUGCUUGCUCUGACAGGUCCAACAAAUACAUAAAGAGUUUAUGCAUGCAAAAAGGAUGCCACUUAUUGUAAUACCAUUCAGUACAUGGUAAUUACCUAUUACCAAAUCCAGAGGAACAAAGUAUUCAUGAAAUUUGACUACAUUAGUGAACAGGUCUGUAAUGAACAUCAGCAUUCUUAGGACAUUUCUGUGUACAUAGUUUCUGUAUAAUUGUCAUCUUUGAAAUUUGAUUAUGCAACACAUUCUACUUGCCAGCAUUUUGCCCAUGAUCCUUACAAAAAUUGUACUGUUUGUGAAAUAUGGCAUUGUCAGUUCUACUGCAUGUUAAUGCAAUAAAGACUUUUCAAAGUUUCAUUCAAAA